CACAUACAUUGAAUUGAACCUUAAACCAACAAUGGAAGAACCAAUAAGCCAAAGUUCAAUUGAAGAUAUUUGCAAACAAAUUCAUGGCAAUUUGGGAAAUAUUACCCUCUUGGUUCGGGUUUUCACGAGUCAAUCAAUGCAACAUGAAUGCCAAAAGAUCCGAGAAAAGUACAUGGAGAUGUAUAAUGAAGACUUAUUUGAUCAUCUACAUAACAAGAUUGAUGGUGGGGCAUCAAAAACGUGCACAAUCUUGUCAUUGUUGAUGAUUAAUCCACAUGAACGCGAUGCUAUUGUAGCUAAAAAUGCCAUCUUCAAAGAAAGGGAUUGUGUCAACUACAAGGCUCUCAUUGAGAUUUAUGUUGGUAGGAAAUCAAGCCAUUUUUUCCUCAUUCAACAAGCUUAUCAAAGUAAAUUCAGAAGGCACUUGGAUCAAGACAUUAUGAGCAUUGAACCUCCACACUCUUACCAAAAGAUUUUAAUGGCAUUGAGUGCGUCACAAAAGGCUCAUAGUGCAGAUGUUAGUGUACACAUUGGCAAGUGUGAUGCCCAAAGACUAUUCCAAACAGGAGAAGCAACAAGUGGAGGGUUCAAGAUUGAUGAGGGAAUUGUCCUUGAAAUCCUAAGUAAAAGAAGCAUUCCACAACUCAAACUCACUUUUUCAAUAUAUAAGCAUAUUUAUGGCCAUUCCUAUACAAAGCAUUUCAAAAAUAAAUAUCAUGGUGAGUUUCAAGAGGCCCUACGAUUUGUGGUGAAAUUCCUAAGAAACCCUCCAAAAUAUUAUGCAAAGGCGCUAGAAACAAACAUGAAAGGAAAAACUACCAAUGAGAGCAGCUUGGAACGUAUAAUCACGAGUCAAAGUGAGAUUAAUAUGAAGAAUAUAAGAAAAUUAUACAAGAACAUAUACGAGAUGGAUUUGAGAGAUGCAAUAAUAGAGAGCAUUCCAAUCGGGGAUUAUAGAGAUUUGCUUGUCAGAUUGACCAUGAAAAGUAACAAUGACUUAUGAAAAAUCAUGACAUUUCGACUUACUUAAGGGU